AUGGGCGACGCCAGAGCACAGCUAGAUAACUUGGCAUGGGACAAAAACGACGAAGCAUCAGAAAUAUCACAGAAACGACUCCGUAGGAGGGACACCUGCGAGCUCGCAGCUUCCCUUGCAGAGCAGAAAUUCGGCCGAAAAGCAACAUUCAAACCACCUUUGAUUAUCGGUGGAUACAAUAUCUUAUACAGAAUCCAAGUUGAGGGAAUGACACCCGAUGUCUAUGUCCGGCUGCCAUGCCCUGACUGGGUGCAGUUUCCAGUUGAGAAGACUUUACGAGAAGGUGCCACAGCGAGAUAUGUCGAGCAACACACCCAGAUCCCAGUGCCGAAGGUAUUCUGCUAUGGCGAGAAGUCUGUUCUAGGACCUUACAUGAUCCUUCAACACAUCGACAGUUGUGUCUUGAUGGCUAAUCGAAUCAAAACUCCCAAUCCCGACCCCGCCGUACCUUCCGUCCUAGACCCAAACAUCUCAGAGACCCUCCUCUCAAAAUUCUAUAAACAAGCAGCACGAUGCCUCUUACAGCUUUCCCGGCUCUCAUUCAACCGCAUCGGUUCCCUAUCCGAGAACGAAGAAAACAACACCUUCUCUGUCACAAGCCGACCCCUCUCCAAAAACAUAAACGACAUGCUCCAACUCGCCCACAUCCACCCCGCCGUCCUCCCCCCCGAAACCAAAACCUACAGCACCACACACGAGUGGUACACCGCACUAGCAGAAAUGCACAUCGCGCAGCUCAUCUUCCAGCACAACGACCUCGUGACUACAGCAGACGAUUGCAGGAACAAAUACGUCGCUCGCCAGCUCUUCCGCCGCCUAGCUAAAACCCAGCGCCUCUCAACCUUUGGGUUCGCUGACGAUGAGUGGUCUGCGCAAUCUAGACGCAAGAGCUGGAAUGACGGUGGGAGGAUGCUCUCCCCGGCACCGAGCAGCGCUAUGGGAUCUUUUAGGCUGUGGCUUGAUGACUUUAGACCGGGGAAUAUCCUCGUUGAUGAGCGCGAGGAUGAGAUUGAGAUUGCUGCUGUUAUUGAUUGGGAGAUGGCGUAUGCGGGACCGGCGCAGUUCGUGCUGGAUUGUCCGUGGUGGCUGCUGCUUGAAGUGCCGGAGUCGUGGGAGCAGGGGAUCGAGGAUUGGUGUAGAGUGUAUGAGGUGCGGUUGAGGACUUGGUUGGAGGCUGUGGAGAGGGCUGAGAGGGAGGUUUUGAUGGGGUUUGAGGGUGAUGAUGGUGAUGAUGGUAAUGGGGCGCUGCCGUUUGUAUUGUCGAAGUGUAUGCGUGAGAGUUGGGAGACGGGGAGGUUCUGGGUGGGGUAUGCGGCGAGGAAUAGUUGGGCGUUUGAUACGGUGUUUUGGAUGUUUUUGGAUGAGAGGUUUUUUGGAGCUAGGGAUGGUGUAGGUGAUGGUGAGGGUUCUGAGGAUGAGUUGUGGAAAGCAAGGGUACAUUUGUUGAGUGAGGAGGAAAGAGAGGGUAUGGAGAGGUUUGUAGAGUGGAAGAUGGAGGAUAAGAAGGAGAGGAUACUGGUUGAUUGGGAGCCGGAGGAGGCGAGACGGAAGUUAGGGGAGGUGUUGUUUGAUUGA